CUCUGCUGACAUCCGAUAUUGCCAGUUGUAUGCACGGAGAAGGCCAAUCUUCUUUCUCUACUUCCAGAUCUUGGUCUUGCCGGACAAGUCCUGAACACUACUGACACCAUGGCCGGUUUGAUUGAGCAGCUGGAUGCUCUCAUUGCAGACACCUUGUCCGCUUGGAACCUCUAUACCACUCUGAUCGCUUUGGGUUUGUUUGCCUUUGUAGCAUAUCCACUGGUCUUCUGGGCUGAACCUGAUACUCAUCCUCUACUUCUCGCCCGUCAGGCUGCCGCUUCUCCUAUUCGUCAGCCUCGCGAAUCUGCUGUCUACCGCUCAACUGAAGUUCCUCAUGGCUACGGUCUGAAGUCCGGUCUAUCCGUCCGUCCUCCCGGUGCUCCCAAGUGGACUGCCGGUAAAGAUGGGGAUCUCAGAGAUAUCUGGCGUGAGGUUAUCAACCCAUCGUCUACUACUGCUACUGCCCCUCCCAAGGCAAGAAUCUUUUCCGUCCAUGGAACCGAUGCCGUCUUCGAAUACGACUUUGCCGAGCUCUCCAAACUCAUCAAUAUUAUCGGCUCUCAUCUGCAAAAGUCUGGUCUACAGAGAGUCGCUAUCUACGCACCCAACUCUGUGCAGUACCUUGUUACUAUCUUUGCUUGCUCAUUCUAUGGCCUGACUCCAAUCCUCAUCCCUUACAACCAAGACCAUGCCACUAUCUGCAAGCUUCUUGAGGAAACUGAGGCUCAUGGUGUCGUCGCUACUGCCGGUUCUUUGCCCCUAGCCGGUCUUACUGAAAGUGUCCCCUCAUUGCGUCAAGUCAUCUGGAUUGCAGAUUCUGCCAACAAGCAUAUGGACUGGCAGGGUGCUCCCGAGAACGAGACCAACGGUAAGCUCGGAGUAUCUGUCUGGCACAAUCUCGUAAAGGAAGCCUCUUCGACAAGUAGUGAGCUACCUAAGGACGAUCAAGGCAUAGUACCCGGUAACUUGAUCUUCUUGUGGCAGAAGAGCCCCAACUCUCCCGCAAAGAUUGUGGAGUUCACUCAAAAGAACAUGGUCGCAGCUAUUGCUGCCUUGAUCUCGGCAUUGCCUCUUCGCCAGCGUCUCGGCCCUUCAGAUCUUGUCUUGCCAGCGGACUCAUUCAGCCACUCUUACGCCUUUUGUCUGACAAUGGCUGCACUGUUCAGUCACAGUUCUCUCUCCAUCAACUCGGUUGCUGGUACUGGUGUUGACCUGGCUCUCGCUUCUCGUGGUGUGGCCCCUACCGUUAUUGUCGCCUCAUCUCAAUCUCUUUCGAAGCUACAUCAGAACCACAUCUCGGGAGGAUCUUCUGGCCUUCACAAGCUGGUGCACGCAAACCACAGUCGCGCUCUUGCCUCUGGUCGCAUGCCCGGAGAGAGUUUGUUGUACCGUCUUGUCGCUCCCAAGAGCAGCGCCAUUGGUACAGCGCCUGGCAAACUACGUCUCAUUCUUGCUUCAGAGAGAGCAGGCACUGAGGCCGAGCCCUUGAGCAGUGCUGCUCUUAGAGACCUUCGUAUCGUUACACGCUCUAGAAUCUGCUGUGCCCUGACCGCUCCUUCGGUGGCCGGUGCUGUCGCACAAAGCAACAUCUACGAUUACAGACACAGUGACCGUCCAGGACAUAGCCACUUUGGUGCGCCUCUGAGCAGUGUCGAAAUCAAGCUCGUGGACAAGGACGACACAAAGGUCGAUGGUAGCACUCCAUCAGGAGAAAUUGUCGUGUCUGGUCCCGCAGUUGCUGGAGAUGAGAGCAACCUUGGUGUGAGGGGUAUCUUCCGCGAAGACUGCACCUUGGGUUAUGCAUAAGCGUGGUUACAUUGUCGAAAAAGCAUUGAUUGUCAAUAAACAUCUGUCUGACAGCAUGUCCUGGGGGCUUUUCCGGGCUCUAUACGAAUGUCCUAUUAGAGAGAUCGCAUGCCUCAUGUCGCGUGUCCAAUCGGAAGAGAAAUGGUUGGGAUUCCGCGCAUUGACGUAGGCAAUUGUAGUUAAUUGUAGUGUGGGGGAGGGGAUCAGCGAUGAGCGGCGGUGACAUCGCCAAGGCCUUGAUAUAUGCCGCAGUGAAAAAAAUAACAGCGACGCGUUUGUGUGGUCCAGCGACAGCACG